AUGCGUUUCUCGACAAUUCUCUCGGCCCUCGUGCUCUCUAGUACCGCGCUGGCAAAGCCCGCCCCCCAAGUCUCCCCAUCUUCACAGGAAGGCGACCAGCCGAAGGGGCAAACUGUUGCACAGGUACCGACAGGAUCAGCGCCGGAGCCCACGACGACUGUGCUUGCUGAGCCGACUGCCAACAGUUAUGUUGAGCAGCAGCCUGAGGAAGAUGUAAAUGAGCCGCAAACGACGACGCAUGCCCCUGCUGCAACGACGAGCCAGGGGAACACAGAGGAACAGGGAAGCGGCCUAGACGACGUCUUGUCCUCUGUUCUUCCUUCUCCAAGCUCCGAUGAUGCCGAUGAAACUGCUGCUCCUCACGACACUAGCGCCGCCUCUGACGACUCUGCUCCUACCUCCGAAGCUUCAGCCCCAACAAGUGCACCAACUAAGCAGCCUACGACCACGGCCAGCAACCCCAAAGCUACCUCGACCUCCUCCGGCGACAGUGGUAACAUCCUGGAAGGGCUCAUUCCAGAUGGGACGUCUGGAAACCCAUUGACCGAUUUGGGAAAUGCUCUUUCCGGCAUUACCGGCUUGCUCUCACCCACGCUGAUCAAGGAUAUCGAGUCGUUCUUCCACCACGUUGCCUACUUGCUUGAUGACAAGACUACCGAACAGGCCAAGUCUUUAAUCAAUCUCGCAUCUGGUCUGCUGACCCAGAACUUGAUUAACAAGCUCGAAAAUCUUCUCGACAGUGCAAGCGAUCUAUUGACGCCGGACUUCGUGAAGGAACUCAAGCAACUGCUCAACAACGUCAUUCCGCUGUUGACGCCUGAUCUCUUUAAGCAGAUCUCUGCGCUCUUGGAGAAUGGCAACGAUCUUCUGACGGCCGAAUUUGUCAAGGAAGUGAAUGCUCUGAUUGGAAACGCCAACCACUUGUUGACAGCAGACUUCGUCAAGGAGGUCAACUCUCUUAUCCAGAACGCCAAUGGCAUCUUGACCUCCGACUUCAUGAAGGAGGUCAACGGCUUGAUCGGAAACGCCAACAGCCUGUUGACUGCAGACUUCGUGAAGGAGGUCAAUGGAUUGAUUGGAAACGCAAACAACCUAUUGACCGCCGACUUUGUCAAGGAGGUCAACGCCAUCCUGGUCAACGGCAACCACUUGUUGACUACAGAGUUCGUCAAGGAGGUCAACACGCUGAUUGGAAACGCCAACAACCUGCUGACAGCCGAGACCGUGAAGGAGCUCCGAGCAUUGCUCGAGGCUGCUGGUCCUCUCCUGACACCUGACUUGGUGCACGAACUCAGCACUCUUGUCCAGAAUGCUAUCAGCUUGCUGAGCGCGGACUUCGUGAAGAACACCAAGGGAUUGAUCAACACCGUCUCACCAGUGAUCACGAAGGGCUUCCUUUCCGAAGUUACGGGUCUGGUCGGCAACGCCGGCGACCUUCUGACCCCCGAAUUCGUCAACGACACCCAGGGCUUGAUCGAGGCCGUCGGUCCUCUGCUCAGCCCAGCCCUCUUCAAGCAUAUCAGCACCCUCCUGGUCAACGCCAACGACCUGCUAACAGCCGACUUCGUCAAGGAGACCCGCAGCCUGAUCGGCGCCGUCGCACCAGUCCUGACCCCCGAUGUCCUCAAGGAGGUCGCCACCCUACUAGGCAACGCCAACGACCUGCUCACCAAGGACUUCGUCGACGACACGCAAGGCCUCAUCGGCGCCGUGGCACCAGUCUUCACACCAGAACUCCUCAAGGAAGUCAGCGGCCUCCUCAACAACGCCAACGACCUCCUGACAUCCGACUUCGUCGACGAAACCAAGGGCCUCGUCGGCAACGCCGGCGAUCUGCUCACCAAGGAUUUCGUCAAGGACACACGCGGCCUGAUCUCCGAGCUCGGGCCCAUCGUCGACGACGGCGCAAUCGGCUCCCUCCUCACAAACGCAAACAACCUGCUCACGCCGAAAUUCGUCAACGAGACGUCCGGCCUCAUUAGCGAAAUCUCGCCUGUCAUCACAUCUGACCUCCUGAAGGAGGUCGGCGACGUCCUGGACCACGCUAACAAGCUGCUGACUGAGAGGUUCGUCGAGGAGACACAGAACCUCAUUAGCAAUGUUGGCCCUGUUAUCACGCCUAACCUCCUCCACAAUGUGACGUUCCUGGUUGGAAACGCCACGGGUCUCCUGACGCCCAACUUUGUGAACGAGACGAAGAAUCUCAUUGAUGAGGUUGCGCCGAUUAUCACGCCUGAGCUGCUAGGCCAGCUUGGUGGGUUGCUUAGCAAUGCCAACGACCUGCUGUCGAGGAAGUUUGUCAAUGAGACGCAGACUUUGAUUGAGGAUGUUUCGGAGUUGCUUCCUGCUUUGGUUCAGAUCCUGGGUAACCUAUGA